GAAAUGCACAAAAUAACCAGUCCUGAUUAUAUGAAGUGUCCAAACUGAGGGCCAGAGAAGAGGCGCCAAAUCCGGAAGCCAUAGGAUAAGGGAACAUAUUUCCUCUCUCAUUGGCCGGCUAUCGCUGCUGGGCUAUUCCUCACAAUCACCGUCACCUAAUGGCCUUCGCAGCCGCUGCUUGCUGGUUUACGGCGCGAACCUCCGCCGGCGGCACUACCCGCUGCUCUCUAUCUUCUCAACGACUCUUCACCCCUUCUCAAACACCGUCACCGUCCCAUUUCUUUGUUACAAAAUCCACCCCUCGAAUCGCUCGAAGUCGAAAUCAGGAAACGAAUCAGAGGAGAAAGAAACUCAACAAAUCACCACCUACGACUUGCGUAUCUCCUGAGCAGAAUGAAGCUGUUCAACUAAAGCUUCCAGGUAGACUGAAAGAUGGGAGUCAGUUUACAGAUGGCCGGAACAGAAACAAAUCAGGGAGGUCUCAGUCAACAGCAGGUAAAUCGUUUGGCAUGCAGAGAAAAGGGAAGGGCGCUCAGCUUGACUCAAAGGAACAGCAGGUGGAAACUGGAAACCUUCAAGAUGCAACUUUUUUAAAUGCUGUUGUGAAGGUCUACUGUACGCAUACUGCUCCAGACUAUUCCCUUCCUUGGCAGAAACAAAGACAAUAUACAAGUACUGGAAGUGCCUUCAUGAUUGGAGACGGGAAGCUUUUAACAAAUGCCCAUUGCAUCGAGCAUGAUACACAGGUCAAAGUGAAGAGGAGGGGAGAUGACACAAAAUAUGUUGCUAAGGUGUUAGCGAGAGGAGUUGAAUGUGACAUAGCAUUACUUUCAGUAGAAAGCAAGGAAUUUUGGAAGGGAGCUGAACCACUUUUCUUUGGACACCUGCCAAGAUUGCAGGAUGCAGUAACUGUAGUAGGCUAUCCACUUGGAGGAGAUACAAUUUCUGUGACCAAGGGGGUGGUUUCUAGAAUUGAGGUUACUUCAUAUGCUCAUGGAUCAUCUGAGUUGUUGGGCAUUCAAAUUGAUGCAGCAAUAAACCCUGGUAACAGUGGUGGUCCUGCAUUCAAUGACGAUGGAGAGUGCAUAGGUGUUGCAUUUCAGGUUUUCAGAUCAGAUGAGGUCGAGAAUAUCGGGUAUGUUAUCCCAACCACAGUUGUCUCUCAUUUUCUACAAGACUAUGAGAGAAAUGGGAAGUACUCUGGUUUCCCUUGUCUUGGAGUUUUGCUGCAAAAGCUAGAGAAUCCAGCAUUACGUGCGUGUUUAAAAGUUCCAUCUAAUGAAGGUGUACUUGUCAGAAAAGUUGAACCCACUGCUGAUGCCCAUAAUGUCUUAAAAGAGGGGGAUGUUAUUGUGAGCUUUGAUGGUGUUCGCAUUGGGUGUGAAGGAACAGUCCCAUUCCGUUCAACUGAACGAAUAGCAUUUCGCUACCUGAUCAGUCAAAAAUUUGCAGGUGAUGUUGCACAACUUGGUAUUAUAAGAGCUGGCAUAUUUAUGAACGUUCAAAUGAUUCUGAGUCCUCGUGUACAUUUGGUUCCAUAUCAUAUUGAAGGAGGUCAGCCAUCGUACCUCAUAGUUGCUGGAUUGGUGUUUACUCCACUCUCUGAACCACUAAUAGAGGAAGAGUGUGAAGACAGCAUAGGGCUAAAACUAUUGACAAAGGCACGGUAUUCUCUAUCAAAGUUCACAGGUGAACAGAUUGUGGUGUUAUCACAGGUUUUAGCAAAUGAAGUUAACAUCGGAUAUGAAGAUAUAAGCAACGAGCAGCUCUUGAAGUUGAAUGGGACUCGAAUUAAAAAUAUCCACCAUUUGGCUCAUCUACUUGACUCUUGCAUGGAGGAUAAGUAUCUUGUUUUUGAAUUUGAGGACAACUUUUUGGUCGUUCUGGAAAGGGAGGCAGCUUCAGCUGCAUCAGCUAGCAUCCUUAAAGACUAUGGCAUCCCAUCUGAGAGAUCUUCUGAUCUUUUGGGACCAUAUGUGGAUCCGAUAGGUCAAAAUGAUUCAUUUCAUCAGCAAGAAUUUGGGGAUAGCCCAGUAUCUAACUCUCAAUUCGGUUUUGAUGGGCUUCUUUGGGCUUGAUUGUGUUCCAAAGUAAGCACAUCUAACUAAUACCGGUCCUGAUCAUCGGUUGAGAUUUGCAUAGCCAUUGGGUAAUUUGUCUUGAAAUGCUCGUGUUGUCUCAAAGGUUAUGCACGCAGAAGAACGUUGGAUCCUCGAUUUAUUUAGCAUUGAUUAAUCUGUAUGGUGGUGCAGCCAAUUCAUGUUCAAUUCUUUCUGAUAACAUGUGCACACUAAAUGUAGCAUGUUUCAUCCGAGGGGAAAGCCUCUCUGGUGAACAUAUAUAGAAAUUCAAUUUGUAUUCUUUAUACUUCUGAACUUGUGAUUGAAAUGAAUAAAUUUAUUGAAUAUU